GGACAGGCUAACUCGUCUUUAAUGUUCCCGUUUUUCCAGCGUUUUUACACCAAAUAUUUCCUUAAGAGGAGCGAGAACCUAAUAAUGGGACUGCGGUGAUUCUUUGGGGGUUAAUCACGACAUUUCUGGUCGUUUUGUUGUUUUUAACUGGUGUCUCAACCGUCAUGGAGCUUUCUUGCUUUCACAAUCACUUCGUUGUCUUUGACUGUAGUAGUCAUACUUACCUGGCAGGAGUGAUUCUACGAUCAUGAAGGAGGAAGAAUCAUAGUGGGGGUGUGUUCAGUCGGCUGACAUCGAGUAAAGCAGGUCUACUCACAGAACAUGUCCUCUCCGGAGAUCGCCUCUCUCUCCUGGGGCCACAUGAAGGUGAAGGGCUGCUCCUCCAGCUACAAGGACUGUAAAGUCUGGCCUGGAGGCAGCCGGACCUGGGACUGGAGAGAGACCGGAACCGACCAUUAUCCUGGAGUCCAGCCUGCUGAUCUGGAGGAGGUUCUGAAGAAGGGGAUCGACCUGCUGGUCAUCGGCAGAGGGAUGAGCGAGGCUCUGCAGGUUCCCUCCGCCACCGUGGACUUUGCGAGGUGGGCGGGGUCUUCCACUCCACCUGCUGAUGGAUGAUGAUGGUUUCCCACCUUGCUGCACUGACAGAGACGUGCUACACUACACAGAAGACAGCCUGGAGUUCACCUUCACUCACAGUCUCUGUUUUACUCUUCUGGCUCUCAGCUUUUCUCAGCAUGACUACAGAGCAGUUUGAAAUCAGUUAGAAGUGGACGGGCCUUUAUACCAACACAGGUUUGGCUUCAGAAGAGCCAAUAGAAAUGUUUUAAAGUCCAUAAAUCAGUAAAUUCGAAGAGAGAAGCGCUUCAGAAGGCCUUAGUAGGAUCCAGAUCAAGUCUGUGCACUUUAUGUUGUAACAAUUAAAUUGAAGAUGAAACGUUGUGGAAUCACAAUGAUCACUUUUUUAAUUGUCAGGUAAAAAGACUGUUGUUGAUAAAGGUGAAUGAAUCUACAGUAUAUUUUUGGUGACGUAAAAAUGUUUUUCUGCUCGUUUUGCUCCAGAAAUUAAACUCAGAAUGAAUCAGU